AUCCAGACUACACAGUCGUAAAAUUAAGUUGCUUUGAGAAUUUUGGUGAGUCUAUGUUCUUAGUUUAACCCUAACUUAACUUCCUUUUGUCAACAUCCUUCGAGAAAUUCAGGAUGGCACCUAGGAAGGGAAAGACGCAGAAAACUGAAGAGCAGGUUACACUCGGUCCCCAGGUUAAGGAAGGAGAAAAUGUGUUUGGUGUUGCACACAUCUUUGCCAGUUUCAAUGACACCUUUGUUCAUGUGACAGAUUUGUCUGGCAAGGAAACACUUGUCCGUGUGACUGGUGGCAUGAAGGUGAAGGCUGACAGAGAUGAGUCUUCACCCUACGCUGCUAUGUUGGCUGCCCAGGAUGUUUCUGAGAAGUGCAAGACUCUCGGAAUCACUGCUCUGCACAUUAAGCUUCGUGCCACUGGUGGAAACAGGACCAAGACCCCAGGUCCAGGCGCUCAGUCUGCUCUGAGAGCUCUGGCUAGAGCUGGCAUGAAGAUUGGCAGAAUUGAGGAUGUGACUCCGAUCCCCUCAGACAGUACCAGGAGGAAGGGUGGUCGCCGUGGUCGCAGAUUGUAAUUGCUGGCAUUUUUUGUGUCUACACUACAUUAAAAGAAAAAAACAUUGAA